AUUCUAGAUUUAUAUAAAAGAAGAAUAGAAAAAUAAGAAUGGAUCAUCAGGGCAAGGUUGUGCGUGCGAUAGCGGCGAUCGCAGUGAUGGUGCUAAUGUGUGCCGGCCACGUGUCGGCGUCUUGCUAUGGCAGCUGCCUUGAGGACUGCUACGCCGACGGAGGGGAGCGGAUAAAGUGCCUCAUUCAAUGCCUUAUAAAGUGCAAAAUGUCUACCAACAUCUCUUCAACUGCACUUAAAUAUUGUGCUGCAUUUGGGGAUGAUGUUAAGAAAGUGGAGGAUUGUGUCAACAAGUGGAAGAGUGGGCCAACAGAAGCUAAAUAUCCAUUACCGGGCCAGUGAAAUGAAGGGCCCAACUAGACAUUUUAUCCAUUAGAAUGUAUAACUGCGGUUCAUGAAAACAUCGUUUGUGUAUUAUGUUGUGAGAGAAUGAAAAAGGAGA